AUGGCUCCCGAACACAUAACCAACCGGUGGAAGCCACGAGGCCGAACCAAGCUGGUCGAAUGCACCGCUCCCCACAUAGCACACAGGCGCCAGCUCCAACACAGGUCUGCUUUAUGGCCACAGCCCCACCGGCACAACAGCCAGCCAAGAAUCUGUCCUCUGCAUGGCGAAAUACCGAGGCGCAAGCAGAGGGGCACCGACCAGGCAAAGCAUCUAACGGAACUGCCUACUCCCAUUAUGACGGCCCAUCAGGGACUAGAGCCACUGGGGGGGGCAAUCCCUAAUCACCACCCACAACCUGCGAAACAACAACGGAAACAUGCAGCUCCACGGAGCCCCAUUACGGGGAAGGACUCAGCACCAGAAAAGAGGCAAGUCCGUGGACCAGUGGUAAAGGCUCUCAGAAGGUCCCCGAGCAGGAGGGGUACCUCACCCGGACUGCGCUGUGAAGUUCAAGAGGAGGCAUUGGAUAUCAGGGCAAAGCUGAGGAGGCUCACCGUCAUCCUUUCCAGGCAUGCCAACAAGACCUCCAGAGUGGGCAUUGGCUGA